GGCAAACACCUCUCCUUCAAGUCAGCACCAACCCAAACAAGCAGGAAACAGGAAAUGUUCAGGUUUCAGGGAGGCUGAAGCCCAGCGCAGCCCAGCACAGCAUCAUGCCGGGGCGAGCUGACAGGAAGGCUUCCGGGGCUGCCCUGGUCUUUGCCCUGGUGAUCGCGCUCCUUCCCACCAGCCAGGCUCCGGGGUAUGUUGAGGAACCAGAACAGUCAGCAGAUAGGCCCCUGGAAGUGGAAAGCCUGGAUGGAGAGUCUACCAUUCAGACGACGUUGGCUGCAGUGACCACAGCAACAUUAAUAACAAAUACAAAUUUUACCUACAUUGAGGAGGAUGCAGAUCAGCACGAGUUGAUAUUAAUGGUGUUGAUCCCGCUGAUUUUAUUGGCCCUCCUAUUUGUAAUACUGGUAAUCCUUGUAACACGCUAUAAAAGGAAAAGAACUAAACAAGAGCCUUCUAGCCAAGGAUCUCAGAAUGCCUUACAGACAUAUGAACUGGGAAGUGAGAACAUCAAAGUCCCCAUUUUUGAGGAAGACACACCCUCUGUUAUGGAAAUUGAAAUGGAAGAGCUUGACAAGUGGAUGAACAACAUGAAUAGAAAUGCUGAUUGUGAAUGUUUACCUACUUUAAAGGAAGAAAAGGAAUCAAACCACAACCCAAGUGACAAUGAAUCCUGAAACUGAAUGGUGCUAAUGUUUUCCAAGGAGCAGCCCUGGAGGGAGCCUGCUGAGCCUGCCAACGGAGGAUGAAGAGGAUGCAAAUUUAAUUAAUUUCAAAUCAACAUAGACACAAGAACCUUUUGCUGUGCCUCCCAACGCCCACUCUCCCUUAACGAUGGCAUCACCUGUACUUGGAAGAAUGCACGAUUGAGAAGCGCCGGGCAGAGGCUUGGCUGCCAUCCACCGUGGCUUCUGAGGGUGGAGUAGCCACGGGACGCGUUCACCUCUCCUCAGCGCCUGUUCCCUCCUCUCCACCAACCUCUAGCUGCCUGUACUCACUGCGGCCACACUCUCCAGGUCCUUGUUCCCUUUCUGCUUCAUUCCUUGGCGUUUAAAUCAGGAAGCUGUUUUACACACGGCCUCCUUCUGGGUCACCUUGUUACCUAAUUAGCUUUGGAUAAUUUCCUCUGGUUAGUCAAGGCCUCUGAUAGGUCCUCUGCCUUCAGCAGGAACUUUCCUCAAGGCCAGUUACGUCAUGGAAAAGACAGCGAACAAAGCGCGUGCUUCACUCUAUGCAUCACCCCCGGGGGUUGGGAAGCGCGUCUACCUGCCAAGAAGACAGAGUGAGAGUCCACCGUCCUGAGGAGAUGUUGUCUGGUGACCUGCAGACUCUGAGUUGGCCAGACAGGCCCCUUGGGCGCUUCUCGGAGGAACAGGAAUCUGCAGCGAAGGAGCGAGAUGAUCUCCCUCUCGGCUAAGAUCACCAGCGUGGCCACAUUUCUCCAAAGCUCAUUCUUGCUCUCACCACACCUCCUUGCCUUUGUGUGAAGAGAACAUGGGCACGGGGGGUCCUCUGCCAGCGCUUUAUAUUUUUGAGAUCUUUAAGGUCGUUUGCAACAAACAGAAUAGGAACAGGCAGAUACCUGUGCCCGCGGCAGGCAUCACCCACUGUACCUUCCUGUGAGGCUGGCACAAGCCUCGUGUCUCCCCGGACACAGCUUUCCAGGAGGCCGCUAUCAGUCCAGCAGAGGUGACAUUCUACACGGGGUCUGUUGACAUUCUUGUACAAGAAGCAACGGCGCCAGAUGCAGAAGGGCCUGCUUAUCAUUCCCAUUCACGGAAAAUCAAUCCUCACUGAAUCCUUGAUUGUCUAAUUGUGACCUUUAAAGCAAUCUAGCAAACUGGGAGUCCUCGGGUCUUCCGCAAUACCUGAUAUGGUAUUCCAGGAAAGAAAUAAAGAGUGAACACUUUAUUUAUUUUACUUUCCACAUGUAAACUGAGGGGAGAUGAGGUUCACCACACAUGUGCUGCUGAAUUUGGGGUCUUGGGUUCGAAAGGCUGCCUUAAUACAUAACAAAACUACCCCUCUCCCCCUUCUCGGAAUCCCUCCGACUGGUACCUUCUGAACUAUGCCCAUCAUUUUAAAGGCAGAGCUCCAAGCCAGGGAAAUCUUUCCAUACAACGAAAGAGAACUAUCUGGUUGUGUUUAACCACUGCUAUUGUGUUAUCCUGGGACUUCAUGGAACUGUGGCAAAAGACAGUCUUUGUGGUAUAUAAUGUCAACAGAUUCAUCUGUCAUAUCCUCGUUAGCACAUCCUAAUAAGGCAUUUUUGUUUUCACGUCUGUUUUGCAUAUUCAUAUUCAAUUUGUGGUCGACAGUGACUCUCAGAUAUUUAUGCCAAAAUUGCCAUUUUCUGAAUUAUUAUUUCUGCCUAUUUUGUUACUUUGUUUCUUCUCCACGUUUUGACUCUUUGAAGAGUCUUAGAUUGCUUCUUUCUCUCUCUAGGUAUCUAAGAUUUUUGCUGAAUACUUACGCCUAUAAACUUUAUCCAAGUCUAUCAACCAAUGCACUUAGAAGUUCAGAGAAUGAUAAGGGGUCUUGAAAUCUCAUUUUGAUUAAGCAAUAUUUUAUGAAUAUUUUAAUACAGUUAAAAUAUUCUCAUUCAGCAUUUAAAAUAACUUUAAAUUUCAGAAGAAGCAAGCUUCAGUAACAUGUCAUUGAAUUCAUGUCUGCAAAAUGUCCUAACCUCUAUAAUUGCACAGUCUACAAGGAUUUUUUUUUAGAAGGUAGUUUAUUCUAGCAAGGUCUAUGAACCAAAGCAGUGAAGGGUCAAUCCUAGCAUCCUGUAUCUUUUUAUUACUGUUCAAUCAAUAGAUAUAUAUUUAUGGUAAUUUCAAUAACUGCUUUUAAACCCAAACUUAAUUUUUAUGUUUCAGACUAUUGUUGGUAAAAAUCACAUUAAUUUGCCCUAACUGGGUAGCCAAUCAGAACAAAAUCUGACUUUAGAAUAUUUUAAAGAUAUAUAACUUUCACUGCAUAUUUUUGUACACUUUAAGCAAACUAGGUUAACAAUAUCGCCUAGUUAAACUCCUCAGGGAACUUGUUUUAAUAAACAUACAAGAUUA